GCUUCCUUGUCCCAUUUGCUGUCCAAAACAGGUGGGUCUCGGACACGGAAAUGGCGACAAGGCCACGCGACGACCGAGCGCCGUACGACUGCAAGGUGCUACUUCCGCCCUUCUUGCUGCGGGAGUAUGCAUCUGACAAUAAUCCCUAAGCAGUCGUGCACACUGACGCUGUGUUCUUUCCAUUUUUCCAGCCUUUCGUUAAUUUCAUUCCGAGUCUGAGACGCAGUCACGAUGCGUCUCGACGUUCCGCUCAUUACCGUUGCGUUUCUGGGAGCAGCUACUCAAGCUGUUCCUACCCGACCUGGCCCGCCCAUUGGACCGGGAGCUGAUUACGACCGCCAAGAGGACAGCAGCAGCCUUUUUGAGAUUGAAAGAGAGAUUGAGCGCCUGGAGUUUCGAUUGAAGCAUAACCUGGAAGAGCUUGCCUUUGUACAACACUUUCACCAUCGUCCACCGCCACCAGCAACUCAGAGUCAGAGCGCAGCCUCGAGCUCGACCUCACCGACAACUCCUGCUGGGAAUGCGAUCGUGACUGCCUCGAUCGACAGUAUUGCAGCGGCUGUUCCUACCCCGUCAACCUCGCUCACAUCAGAUUCAUCUGUACUGUCGACUUCUGCUGCUUCAACGCUUACAUCUGCGGUUUCCUCCUUCUCAUCUCUGGUGGCUUCCUCUUCUGCGGUGUUCUCGGAUCCAUCGUCAUCACCACUGCUGAACUCCUCUUCGAUUUCGUCGACGGCGUCCCCUUCGACUUCGCUUACGGCUUCCUCCUCGACUCUCCCGACAGCUGCUCCUUCGGUUCUCUCGACGGCUUCCUCUUCAACAUUUUUGACGUCAGCUUCGUCACCGACUUCCUUGUCGACUCCCUCUCCGACUUCCUCUACGACUUCCUCUUCGACAACCUUGCCGGCCUCUUCUUCAAUCUCGUCCUCUACGAACGCCAUUUCCUCAAUCAGCUACGCAAACUCAACGCUCACAGCGACCAGCAAUCUAACUUCGUCCAUCUCGGUCAGCGCGCCGUCCAUUUCUCUUCCUACCUCGGUGAGCGACACCACAGCGGCGCUGCAAUCGCUGUCGAGUUACGCUGCGUCGCUCUCAAGUGCUCUUGCAUCGGUAUCUUCCGUCAAUGCGACAGUUUCUACGACUGCGACUCCCACAUCCACUCCGCUCGCGGCCAGCAGCUCGACUCUAGAAGCUGCGCUUUCUUCCACGCCUCUGGCAUCCGUUUCUACGAGCACAAGCACUCUAUCCAGCUCGUCAAUUACGAGUAAUUUGACAACGGCACUCGCCGCUUCCUUAUUGAUAUCCCAGACAACGUCCGCAAAUUCGAGUGUUGCGUCUUUGCCUUCUGUCAGCGGCACUCCGCAAACAACGACAACUUCUUCGAUCUCUGCGUCGGCAUCCACUAUCACCACUACUCUUAUUCUCACCGUCGCGCCUGUUUCUGCUGCUGAUCCCUCGACCCCAUCCGCCCUUGCUGUUUCCAGCAGCCUCGCGCUCCAGAACACUACUUUCUUAGGUCUUGCCAGCUCGAGCAUUCUUGCUAGCUCGAGCAGCCUUGCAGCUUCUGCAACUAUCUCCGGCGGAACGGCUACCACGACCUCACCUUCCGUGAGCGGCACUGCGAUCAUGGCCCCGACCGCAGUCGCCAAUGCUGCGGCAAACGUGACGUCCACAGACUACUGCUCGUCACUAUGCGCUUCUCUCAGUUUUGACACCGAAUAUGCAACGACUCCUAUGACUUGCCAAGCGUACCCAGCAAACACCAACAUCACUAUCACCGGUGGUCAGGCCACAGCAGGAUGCGGCUCCGAGGUGCUUGCUCCGGUGGAUCUGUGUCGUGUCACCUUAACCAUCACGACCAGCGGCUCUUCUGAGGCGUACAUGGAAGUCUGGCUUCCAAGCAACAGCAGUGGCGCCUGGAACGGCCGCACUCUAAGCACUGACAAUGGUGGCGCUAACGGCUGCGUCCACUACGUUGACAUGCAGUACGUGACAGGUCUUGGCUUUGCUGCUAUUGGUGACAACGGCGGCCACAACUCCUCUGCGUUCGACGGUGGCUGGAUGUACUUCAAUAACGAAGCCAUUCUUGACUGGACAUAUCGUUCACGCCACGCCUCGGUUUCGGCUGGCAAGCAGGUCGUUGACCAAUUCUACGGCCAGCCUCCGAGCUACUCGUACUACCUUGGAUGCAGUACUGGUGGCCAGCAGGGUAUGCACUCCGCGCAGUACUUUCCAGACGACUUCGAUGGCAUCAUCUCGGGAUCAGCUGCGGCAGACAUGAACCAUCUGCAGGCUUGGAGCGGACGUUUCGUCCAGCUGACAGGCUUGAACGCUACCGACCCACGAUUCCUCACCCUCAACAACUGGGUCUACGUACAGGGUCUCAUUCUCGAUCAAUGUGACGCAGCACUUGAUGGCGUCGAUGACGGCAUCAUCGAAGACCCGACAAUCUGCGAAUUUGACACCUCUGUCAUACCUGUGUGCGAAGACAGUACUACAGAUACCGAUCAAUGUUUGAACUCCACCCAGAUCAGCACCGUAUACGACGUCUUCACCGAGCUCUACGACACCGAAGGCAACCUACUCUAUCCGGCGCUGCUCUACGGUUCGCAAGUCGACGCGUUCCGCCUCGGCCAGUUAUCCGGCUCCAUCCAGGCCAUUUCCAAAAACUGGUAUGGUGGUGCCGUCUGGAACAACAGCUACUUUGAGCCACUCAACAUGAACCAGACGGACUACGCACAGGCUGACGCAACGGACUCCCUUCAUGGAAACACUUCGUCCUUCAACGGCGAUCUCAGCGCUUUCAAGGCUGCGGGUGGGAAGCUACUCACGUACCAUGGCAUGGCUGAUCCGCUGGUGUCUGGUGGGAACUCGCAGCGCUACUACUUGAAGGUUGCCAACGAGAUGGGCCUGGGUAAUGGGGAUCUCGACGAGUUCUAUCGUUACUUCCGGGUUUCGGGAAUGGCUCAUUGUGGAGUGGGUGGCAUCUCUGGUGCCGGCGCCUGGAUGCUGGGCCAAUCUGGCGCCGCUGCCGUGGACGGUGUUGCGGAUAACAUCAUCUGGAACAUGGUGGAUUGGGUCGAGAGUGGCAACGCUCCAGACACACUGACGGGCACGAAGUUCUGGUAUGAUGAACCGAGUCAAGGUGUGGAAUUUAAGCGCGCACACUGCCGGUUUCCGUACAGAACAACCUACACGGGUAGCGGAGACUGGACGGAUCCGACAAGCUGGAAUUGCUCGUUCAUUGAGGACUGGCAGGAUUGCGGUGUUGGCUCACAUCCCAGACUUUGUAAUGUCGAUGGCUCAUUUUCAUGAUUUGCGGGAACAUGGAAUGGAGGGCAAUUCAUGUCCUUCACACAUUGCGCACAUAAUGGAUGCCAUGUAAAGCAUGUACAGAAUCAGAUAGCAUAGCAUAGCGAGGAAUACACUGUACGCAUUGCCACCACGAUGAAGAACUGGAGCUGCUAUAUCUCCUCUGGCGAUUGCAAGCGGUGGUCUGAACAGUACAUUGCAUCCUUACAAUGUAGCGCCCU